AUGGACGCCUCCUCCCUCCGCAUCUCCAAGUUCGAUGGAACUAACUUCCACGCCUGGAAGUUCAAGAUGCAGAUGGUGCUGGAGGAACGGGACCUAUGGGAGGUCGUCAGCGGUGAGAUCAAGGCGGAACAGUGCGAGACUCAGUUGGACCAAGCGACGUACAAGAGGAAGUCAAGAAAGGCGAUGGCAGUGAUCUGUCUAGCCAUGGAAGAUUCCCAGCUACCGUUGGUCCGGUCGGCAAGUGGUGCAUGCGACGCAUGGUCAAGGUUGGAAGACCACUUCGAGAAGAAGAGUCUUGCCAACAAGCUGUUCUUGCGCCGUCGCUUCUUCACGACAAUGAUGGAAGAAGGCGACGAUGUGCUCGAACACAUCAACAAGCUCAAGACGCUGGCGGAACAGCUAGAAGCGGUGGGGGCUCCAGUCUGCGAGGACGAUCUGGUGAUCACACUCCUCGGCAGCCUGAGUGACUCGUAUCAAUUCUUGAUCACAGCUUUGGAGUCGCGCUCAGACACUCUUAGCUGGGAGCUCGUGACGUCUCGACUGCUUCAUGAAGAAAUGAAGCGGAAGGAGCAAGGAAGUAAAGGUGAUGAAGCUUCGCAAGGUCAAGCGUUCAUCACAAGGGACAAUCAGCGCAAAGGGCGACCAGUGAAGAAGUCCUGGCCGUGCCACAAUUGCGGAAAGAUUGGUCACUGGAUGGCGGAGUGUCCCUCGCGCAUCCAAGAAAACACGGAGAGACACCGGCCACAGCGUGCUCAAGACAGCGGCGACCGCUAUCGAUCACAACGUGCAAACGUCGCUCAAGAAGAAGACUCGGGCGACUACCUCUUUUCGAUCGGUGAAACGACAUCUGCGAAAUCGAGCGACAUCUGGCUGGUCGACUCCGAGGCGACGCAGCACAUGACGCGCUCCAAGAAGUUCAUGCGGAACUACAAAGGGGUUUGA